AUCGUUUUAUGUAAAUGUGCUUCGCACACACUGUCAUCUACUCGUUGCUUAAACUAACAACGCGGUGGCUUCAUGCCCACCCCUGAAAUUAUACAUCGGGAAAUAUCGGAGUAUCGGAAAUAUAUAUUUAAAUCACUAACACAACUCUAUUUGAUACUUCCGCGCAUUGUAAUGAAAACAAAUUACAUACUGUGCUGCUGGCUAGGACUGCUGCUAUGGCCAGCGUCCAAGUUCAAUGUAAAUGCAUAUGACAAAGAGAUGACCAUAUAUGUAGAUGCCGGCAAGAAAGAGUGCCUAUACCACAGCGUCAAGGUCGGCGAAAUUAUAGACAUUGAAUAUCAGGUGAUCGACGGCGGUCAUGGUGAUCUGGACAUAAGCUUUGCUCUACUCGAUCCCAUUGGACUGGUCAUAGUCAGUGACUAUAAGAAACCGGAGAAUCUGCAUCAGCAUGAAGUGCAAACGGAGGGAGACUAUCGCUUUUGUUUUGACAACAGCUUUAGCAUGUUUAAUCGCAAGACUGUAUUCUUCGAGCUGAUUGUAGAGCGCGAGGGAGAUCAGAAUCACGGCGACCAGCAAUGGAAGGAUGUCAAUGAGCUGACGGGUCUGACCCCGGAAGAAUACUAUGAAAUGAAAGUGCAGGAUAUAAUGGACUUUAUUGGUCGCCUACGCCUGCAGCUGACAAAGGCGCGCCAGCUGCAAGAUGUGCUACGCUCCCAUGAGGCACGCGAUCGCAAUCUGGCCGAGGCCAAUUUCCAAAAGGUCAACAAUUGGUCACUCAUGCAGAUAAUCGCCAUGGUUGGCGUUGGCCUAAUUCAGGUGUUUAUGCUGCGCAGCAUCUUUGAGACGAAUGGACGCAUGCAUAUGUUCUGGCGCAAAUUGGGCAUUUGAUGAGGCAUUGCUCCAAUUCCAUGUUUAAGCGUUUACCAAAGAUGUUUGCAUUUUUCUUCUAUCAACUGCGUACAUCUCAAAAUGCAAAUUGUUAAGUCACAAAUCAAGUUAAUCAUUAAUCGCAGUCAAUGCCGCAGUCCCUUGGUCUCUAGUUAGUGUUAUGUAGGUCCUUGUAUCCUUAAGUGUGCGUGUGUGCAUGAUGUUUGCAUUUAUUAUACUAAAAGCAAUCUUAGUUAAGUCCAAAUCAAAUGUUGAAUGAAAAUAUAUACCCAAUUGGGAAAAUUAAGUUUCUGGUCUUUGUUCACUUCAUUUUCCACAUUUGUUUUCAUGUUAAACAAUUUUUUUUUUUUAUCGUUUAAUUAACUAAUUUAAAAAAAAAAAAAA